AUGAGCGGUCUCAACCCCGACCGCCCCUUCGACAGCAUCGUCAAUUUCCGCGAUGUCGGCCGCACCAUCAACAAGCUUGCAGGCCGAAAGCGCUCUCUACCGCAGUGCCCGGGUAUGAACCGUUUAUCUGUCUCUGCACCAUGUAGUCGCUGGAGCAACAGUAGACUCCAAAUGCUGAUAGGCAGACAUGAAAACCAGCUCGAUGAAGCAUCCGAAGAAGAUAUCCGCCGCUUGACCAGCGACUUGCGUGUUUCAACUAUCGUCGAUUUGCGCUCUACAACAGAACACCAAAUGGCCGUAAAGAAAUACAAGCGCGCCCACAAUCUCCCUACGGAGUCUGUUGAUUCUCAACCCCAAACCGGAGAAGGAUACAUCCAUCUGCGCCCCCUCGACAGCACAGAUAUCCAGCGUCAUCUGAUAAGUCUCACGGGAAAGGCGUUUGAGCGUCAUCUCUUGUGGCGGUUGGACUGGUGGAACUUCACGAAGGUCCUUGCAUACAUAGCAGCAGGAUACAGACACGAUGCUGUCCGCAUCGUUGGCGAGAACGUCAUGAAGCCUGUAGGGUUGACGGGGUUGGCGAUGACUACACUUGAAGCGAGCACGGCGGAGAUAAAGCAGAUAUUUGAUAUUCUUGCGUCUGUAAAAGCGGACAUGGCCGCAAACACCGUUACCGACUCGUCUACGUCUGCGACUGGAGUGCUAAUCCAUUGCACGCAAGGGAAAGACCGAACAGGGCUGAUAAUCCUCCUCUUACUCCUAUUAACCGAUGCCGUUGAUGCUGAAACCAUGGCGAGCGAGUACGUGCUCUCCGAGGAGGAACUAGAGAAUGAACCGACCGAGGAGAAGGAGGAGAGGAUGAGGGAGAUAAGAGCGUUAGGGCUGGAUGAGGAGUACGCCAGGUGUCCUAAGGACUUUACUCAACGGGUUACGGAAUUUCUAACUAAAAGGUAUGGGGGUGUCAGGAAGUAUUCGGAGUCAGUAGGUGUUGAAGAGGGAAUUAUUGAGAGCGUGAAGAGGCGAUUUUUGGCUUGA